GGUGGUGGUGGUGGUGGUGGUGGUGGUGGUGAUGGUGGUGGUGGUGGUGAUGGUGGUGGUGGUGGUGGAAUUGGGGCGGUUAACGGAGCUUUGUUGGUGCAUAAGAGGCUAGUAUUGUUGUUUGAACAGGACAAACACUGUGCUAAAAAUUUAAAAAAUGUAUUUACAUCCAGCUGCAUAAAUUCGUCUGUUAUGGCCGUCUAG